AUGGAACCUAGCUCUUCGACUGUCCCGGCGGGAGGCGCGUCAACGCCGUCGUCGACUGCCCAUCCUGCCUCAGGCCCCCGAACCGAGACCACCGCCGAGGGAAUUCCUCAAGACGUCAGACGCGGUGCGCACGAGAGAAAACCAGCUGCGAAGGAUUUUUCACGCGGCGCCGGCCGAGGUGGUAGAGGAGGUCGUUCGGGCAAGAGGAGAGAUCUGGGGAGGGCAGAUUGGGCUAAGACCAAAGUAGACAAGCGGAAACGGAAUGAUGACGAACAGGCGGCGAAACGGCGACGUCUAGAUGAGGGAAAUGCCGAAUUGCCCAUCUACGCCACCAAGUUCAGCGAGGAGGACUUAGCAGCCGAAGAAAGAAGGCCCAAAAAGAAGGUCGCAGUUCUGAUCGGGUAUGCGGGGACGGGAUAUCAUGGCAUGCAACUAACACACGAUAAAAAGACCAUCGAGGGCGACCUGUUCAAAGCCUUUGUCGCAGCAGGCGCCAUCUCCAAAGCCAAUGCCGACGACCCCAAGAAGUCCUCGUUUGUACGAUGUGCCCGUACAGACAAAGGUGUCCAUGCCGCCGGCAACAUCAUCUCGCUGAAAUUGAUCAUUGAGGAUCCAGAUAUUGUCAAGAAGAUCAACGAUAAUCUAACCCCCCAGAUCCGGAUCUGGGGCUUUGAGAGGACCAACAACAGCUUCAGCUCCUACCAGGCAGUGGACUCGAGGAUCUACGAGUACCUGAUUCCAACCCACAGCUUUCUCCCGCCACAUCCAAGUAGCUUCCUGGGGAGAAAACUCGAGGAGUGGGCGGAGAAAAAGGGGGACGUGGAAGCCUAUAAGAAACGACAAGAAGAGGUCUUGGGGUUCUGGGAGACGGUGGACGAGCAAAUAAUCAAGCCUAUCCUUGCAGAAUACGAUCAAGACGUCAGGGAUAUCUUGGAGAAAUCACUCUGGUUGAAAGGCGGCGACCUUGAUGCCGACACUGCCGAUGGGAAAGACUUGACAGAUGUUGAGCCAGAUGUUGACAGCAAACCCCCUCGAAACACGCCUGAAGCGGUGGAGCCAGAAGCCGAUACCGCAGUUUCAGGAGACCAAGCUAAAGAAGUCGACCAAGUUGAAGCGACGGAAAGAGUGACUGGACCCCAAGCAGACGCAAGCAACAAUCCUGGAACGGACAACACGACUCAAGCCCAGCCCAAACUGUCACGGUCGGCCAUUCUCACCGAAGCAACAAAACGUCUUCGACAAGCUUAUAUUGACGCGAAACGGUCCUAUCGCAUUCCAGCGUCGCGGCUCGUUCGAAUCCAAGAAGCCCUGAACCACUACGUCGGGACGAAAAACUACCACAACUUCACCAUCCAAAAGACAUUUACAGACCCGUCAGCCAAACGAGUGAUCAAGUCUUUUGUGGUCAACCAAAAGCCCAUUCUCAUCAAUGGCACCGAGUGGCUUUCCAUGAAGGUCCACGGGCAGAGUUUCAUGAUGCACCAGAUCCGCAAGAUGGUGGCAAUGGUUGCUUUGGUGGUUCGUUGCGGCUGUGACCCUCAUCGCAUCUAUGAGGCCCUGGGACCGGCGAACAUCUCCAUCCCCAAAGCGCCGAGUCUGGGCCUGUUGUUGGAGAGGCCCGUGUUUGACUCGUACAAUAAACGAGCCAAGGGCGACCUGGGCAAGGAGCCGAUUGAUUUCGACAAGUUCAAGGCCGAAAUGGAUCGGUUCAAGCAGGAGCAAAUUUACGAACGUAUGUACCGCGACGAAGAAAAGGAGAACGUCUUUGGCAACUUUUUCAACCAUGUCGACGCCUUCCCCAACGAGACCUUCCUUUUCGUCACGUCCGGUGGCAUUGAAGCCACAAAGACUCGGGUGAAGGCGGAAGAAGCGGAGGGAAGCAAAGCCGAGCAUGCACUUGUUGCAGCUGACGUUGGCGGUGGCGGUGGUGUUGACGACGGCGACGACGGCGACAGUGACGCAGAUGAUGUAGUCAAGGAUAACCAUGGCGACGAGGGUUGA